AUGCAGCUCUCUUUCAUCUCCGCCACCCUCCUCCUCGCGACCGCGGCCGUCGCCUCCACCAAGAGCCCCCGCGCCGCCGAUAUCACGGACCUCGACAACCUCGACAACCUCGACAUCAGCCCGGAGAACCGUGAUUUCCUCGCGGAAGUCGGCGACCUCAGCCCUGAAGAUGCCGAGGCCUUCGCCACCGCCCUCCACUUCCUAGCCAGCGACGACGAUGACGCCGAUGACGAGGCCGCGAGCGGUCCCACUCGCCGCGGUGUGGAGCGCCGUUGGGGCGCCACCUUUAACUUCUUCGUCAGGCUUGGCAAGAAGCUCCAGGGCAAGUCUCGAGCCUCGGCGGCAAUUUCCGACGUUCUCAUCCACAACUUUAUCCACGGAACUCCGCAGAUCAACGUAUCGAAAGAUAUCCCUCCGGCGCAGUUCCGCCCGCUAUCAGGCAAGGCACUCAUUUGGCCUCAUAGAGAAAGUCAGUCCACGACUCCCGCAACGUACCAUUCCUCAACCUUCAAUACCAUCAUGUCUGCCGCCGACUUCUUUCGGUUCUUGCAUGCCCAGCUCAUCGCCAAGAUCCCCUCCCCCACCACCUCCUUUGCCGGAAAAACCGUCAUCGUAAGCGGCAGCAGUUCCGGCUUAGGCAAGGAAGCCGCUCUCCACUUCGCCCGCCUCGGUGUCUCCACCCUCAUCCUCGCCGUGCGCAACCUGCCCAAGGGCGCUGCCGUCAAAGCCGAGAUCGAGUCUUCGACCGGCUGCGGGCCAGAUGUGGUGGAUGCCGAGUUGGAGCGCGUUGACGUGGUAGUUGCCAACGCCGGCAUCAUGUCUCCGCAAUAUGUCCUCACCGAGGAGGAUGACAAGACCAUCACCGUCAACGUCGUCUCAACAUUCUUACUCCUAGGGCUGCUGUUGCCCACGUUGAAGAGGAUGGCGCACGAGCAUAGCAUUGUACCAACAUUUACCAUUGUUACCUCGGAAGGCCACCGAACGGUCAAAUUUGACAUCGCCUCGGCGCCCGAGGGCCAAAUAUUUUCCAAAUUGAACGACAGGGGAAAAGGGGACUGGGAUGGCCAGGACCAGUAUAGCGCCUCCAAACUUAUCCAAAUCAUGAGCGUCCGUGAGCUGACCCAGAGCCACUCGGAUUCCACAUUCCCGGUAACCAUCAACACUGUAAACCCAGGACUCUGCCACUCAGAUCUUACUGGAAGCGUGGAUGCGUUGGCCCUGAGGGCAAUGUUGGCCGUGCUCGCCAGGAGCGCGGAAGAAGGAAGUCGCACUCUGGUUCACGCUGGCGCACAGGGACAAGAAACCCACGGAAAGUACCUGAGCGAGUGUGUGGUUACCAAGCCAUCCUCAUUCCUUGACACUGAGCGGGGAGUGGAGACACAGAAGCGUGUAUGGGUAGAACUACAACAAAAACUUGAGGCGAUUCAGCGAGGUAUCACGAGUAACUUUCAGCCAUAA